CCUCCAAUUGCACCUCACCCACCCAAGAACAAACCAGACCAGCAAGAAACCCAAGAACAAUGGCCGAGCAAGACCCUCGCACCCCGAUCCUCCUCCUCAAAACCCGCUCCACCCCGCACGACGGCUACGACGACUUCUUCACGAGCCAAAACUACAGCCCCGCCUUCAUCCCCGUGCUGGAGCACCACUUCCACACGACCAACCUCCAACGCAUCCACGACCUGCUCGUAUCGGGGGGCUUUCGCGCGGGCCAUCCGAACCAGAAAUACGGCGGCAUCAUUUUCACAAGCCAGCGGGCGGUGGAGGGGUUCGCCCACGUCCUCGAGGGCAUCGACGACCCAGGCCGAAGUCUAACCCCCCUCACCCUCCCCCUCUACACCGUCGGCCCCGCAACCCACCGCUCCCUCUCCGCCCUGACAACCACCUACCUCCCCAACGCCACCCUCCACGGCCAGGACACGGGCACCGGCGAGCUCCUCGCGCACUUCAUCCUCUCGCACUACCCGACGUACACCACGGGCAACACCACGGGCAACCUAGAUGCGAACACCAGCCCCCCAAAUCCCCAGACCCAGACCCCAAACCACGCAAGAAAGCCCCUCCUCUUCCUCGUCGGCGAACAGCGCCGCGACAUCAUCCCCAAGACCUUGAUGGACCCGGCGCGGCGGCCCGACGCCCGCAUCCCCGUGGAGGAGCUGGUGGUCUACGAGACCGGGGUGAUGGCCGGGUUUGAGGAGGCGUUUGGGGCGCGAAUUCGCGCGGAGCGGGAUGCGUUCCAGCGCAAACAGCAGGACGAAGACGACGAGAAAGUGGUCUGGACGGUGGUGUUUUCGCCGACGGGGUGUGAGGCUAUGGUCAGGGUUCUGGAGACGGUGGAUGCUUCUUCGUCAUCGUCGUCAUCGUCGUCAUCGUCAGCGGUUCUGGGCGGUGGGUUGGAAUCACAAAAUGAGGAUGGGGAUUUAGGUCGAAAGGAUAACAACAGAAAGUUCUUUGUCGCGACCAUUGGUCCGACGACCAGGGAUUAUCUCAGGAAUCGGGUCGGGUUUGAACCCGAUGUCUGUGCGGAGAAGCCUAGUCCCGAGGGGGUCGGGAGGGGGAUCCAGAAAUUUAUGGAGGAGUUUAGGGCGGGGAAGAAUUAGUCCAAAAACUGAAAGCUGAGGUCACUGUUUAUGUACAGUUAGGAAGUAAGUGGAGUGCCUCAGGCAAUUCUGCACCGCAUAUAUACCCAAAGACGUUCUUGAAAAAGUUCAUCUUAUGUACUGGUCUGCUUGUCAAGGCUACUCUGCUCGCAUUAUAUCAAACAAGCUUAAAUGCCCGAAUCAUCACAUCAACUCCAUCCAUAUUCCCUUCCCAUAAUGGCAGCAUAUCACUCAGGGUGGAACGCGCGAGCAUUGUCCCUAUCCUUUUCUUUCUAUCCUUCCAUGUUAUUA